AUGAAAGGGUUGAUCUGCACAUUUCAUAAGCUGCAUAGUUUGAUGACUAGCCGAGUUGAUCUUCUGAUGGUGGUUGCUUCAACCGAACCAAGGUGUGUAAUGAGACUGUUUCUGAAUCAUGGUUUGGUGGAUUUUAAAAAUCCGGACCCCCUAACUCGUCACAUAAAAAUCGUACACCACCUGGCCUUGAAGACGAGGAUGGGUGAAGACGAUUGGAGCUUGUCGAGACUUAUGGCUUUGUAUUCCCAAUCAUCGGGACAACGAAUGGAGCCGGAGGAGUAUGUGGAGAGACUGUUCCACAACCAUGCUUCAAGAAAAGGAGGGUCUCGUAGCUACAACCUUAUGUUGGAGUAUGAUAAUCGAUUAUUUGGCUAG